UGGAGAGGGAGAGAGAGAGAGAGAGAGAGGGGACAGUAAUGGAGAAAGCACUAGUAAUGGAGAAAGCUCUAACGACAGUGGGAAGCUUAAAAUCUGGGAGCUUUUGGAUUUCCAAGAAAGCCAAGGAGGAGAUCUCCAGCAUUACUGGAGAGAUCACUUCUUUAUCCAAUACUGUUGAAGAGAAGACUAAAUGGAUCUUCAACAGACUAAAAGGCAAGCCACAAAAGGCCCUACCAGAUCUCCUUCGAGAGUAUAACCUACCUCCUGGCCUCUUUCCCCAAAAUAUUACUUGUUAUGAGUUUGAUGAAUCAAAGGCUAAGCUGAUUGUGUACCUGCCCUCUACCUGUGAGAUCAGCUUCAAGGACUCCUCUGUUGUAAGAUAUGCUACUCGUGUCAAAGGAGUGCUAACAAGGGGAAAGCUCAGUGGGAUAGAAGGAAUGAAGACCAAGGUCCUGGUAUGGGUUAAAGUUACCAAUGUGGCCGUCGAGAGCUACAAGUCAGACAAGGUUUGGUUCACGGCUGGCGUUAAGAAAUCAAGAUCAAAGGAAACAUAUGAGAUGCCUCGUGAGGCCAUUAAAGUGGAAGAGUUUUGAGGACAAAAUAUCAGAUACCUUUAUCAUCAUUGCCAUAAUUAUGGCUUACCAUUUACGGUAUUUUCACAUCCUGCAUCGUUAUGUGUUGUGCUUGACCUUAUUCAUUAGUUCAUAUUCAUAUUUGUA